UGUAGUCAACGUGACGCUAGGCGGCACUAGCGCGCUGCGCGUGAGCACGCCGCGCGCGACGGCGCGGGCGCCGGGGGUCGCGGGCGGCGUGCGCGCCGAGCCGCGCCUGCUCAACCCUCACGCGCAACAACACCGCCCGCCGAGACCGCGCACUCCCAUCAACCAGCAGCAGCAGCAGCACCAGCAACAUCAGCUUUCCUCACACGUGAACCAGCUCGUGAACCAACAGCAGGCUAUGAACCAGCAACAAGUUCACCAGCAGCAACAACAACAACAGUUUAAUCAACUGAAGCUCGCUACACAACAACAACAACUCCUACUUAACCAGCAAAAUCAAAAUCAAGCGACGCGCAUCAUAACCCAACAAGGAACUAUUGUGACGCAAGGAAACCAGUCCAUGAUGCAGCACAAUGUAGUCCAACAACCAAACCAGAACGGUCCCAUGCAGAACACCCUCACUGUGAUACCUCAGCGCUCCUCCCCGCACCAACAACAGCAGCAACAAUCAAAGAAAGUCAUCGUUCAACCGAAUAAUGCUAAUGACAUGGAUGAUCUCGAAGAGAGCAUAACAGCCGCUAUACUAACGAAACAUACUGUCAACGAACCCGCUAUACCCCAGCAGUACCAUUCACCAUCACCGCAGAUACGACCGCAGGCUUCAACUCAUCAGCAAAUGAACUACAGUCCGCAGUUGGGCUAUCAGCAGCAGAUGGCCUACGAGCAGCAGCCGCACACGCACCAAGUCCUGAUGGAGACAGACGCGGAGGACGAGCGGCAGCUGCUGACGCUAUCCACUGGGCAGAGGAUGACAUUGGCGGAGUACAAGCGGAUCCACCAGCCCGGCAUGCGCGUGCCGGGGGCGCAGCCUCAACUGCAGCAACCUAGGGAUAAUGGCCGCCAAACGCUGGUGCGUAGCAAAGAGCAGCAACGGCCCGUGCAACGCGUACCUCCUAUGCAAUCACAACAAGUGCCUCAGCAUGACAACAAUGAGCCACCAAGUGGACCGUCAGAACAGUCGUCAGAACCCCAGUCAGCAAAAAUGUUGAUAUUCCUACAAAAUGGUGAACAGAGACUUAUCACAUUUACACUGCCAAAAGAAAGUUGUACGCUCCAAGAGGUUUUAGAACAGGUGAACGUUCCAUUUUCCGAAGAUACUCAUAUACAAUGUAUGCAAAACACGAGCAGCGAGAUUGAUUACUUUGUGUCAGUUGGCUCGACUUCCAGAAUCGAAGACUUGCUGGAAAACCAUCCGAUGCUAGUUGGCGAUAUGAGCAGUCGAAGCUCGCCUAAUGUGUCUUUGCAACCUCAAAGCAGCGAAAUGUCUACCCCAGAAAAGUCUUCAUGCCCUGAAACUGCGAGUCAAAGCCCAGAAUCUCCGGCGCACACGCCGCCGCCGCGCUACGUGGACGGCAUGCUCGCGCUCUGCAAGACGUGCGGCUACACGGGAUUCGACUUCAGUCGAUGCGAAAGAUGUAAGCGAGUAUUUACUGAAGAACCUAAAAGUGUACCAAUAGCAAGUAAGAAAGUAGAACAAAAGAAAAAGGACCCCGAGAAAUUAAUUUUAGAAAAACAAAACUGUGGCGAUGGAAUAAAAUUAAACUUAUUAAAGACCACAGUUAAGAAUUUAAAUAGUAAAACGCCUGUUCAAGACAAAAAACCACCCAGAGUUAGAAAGCCCAGAGGGAAACAACCAGAUCCGGAACCUGUUAUACUGACAUUAAGUUCUGACGAAGAAGACUCCAAUAGUUCUCUUCUGAGCAACCAGCAUGAACAUUCCAUAAUGAUGAAGGAACCCUCUAUGAGCGAAAUAGAAAGUGGCACACCUGACAGCGGCAUUGGGAUGGAUCAAAUGGAUGAUGCCAGCAGAGACGAGAUGAGCCAGAGCGCCAUGCAAGACAUUAUUGCAUCCCUCACAUGCCGCACCAUCAGGAUUGGCUCAUAUAAAUAUACUCCAAAAGAAAAGGUCACUAUCUCAUCCAAAGGAGUUAAAAUUGUUGCUCCCUCACUCAAAGAUGAAUCCCGAGAUGUGGCACUUCAAAUUCAGCUGAAAGAGGUCGUGAGAUUAUUAGCACAUUUCUCUAAAGGUGUACCAGUCAUAUUCUUGUAUACUGUUAACAAAUGUGGGAUUUAUAUAAGAAAAGCUCUUGACAUGACGGAUGAAACAGGUCCAUAUUAUAACCCAAUGUCAAAAAUCGACCCCCAAAGAAGAAUAACGUUGUUGCCGGACUGUAUAACAGAUGAAGCGAAGGCAGCAUUUAAAAUACUGUUCGGCAAAACUAUGGACGAACUGAACGGUCGGGAGGCUAAUGAUAUUUUGGUCAGAACGUGUACGAAGGAAGGCAACAGCGUUGCGAAGAUGGCCACGCGGUCGACGAGUGCUUCCAGUACUAGUGGAGCUAAAAGCUCUGGCCCUACAGAUAUAAGACAAAUAUUAAUUUAUCCACCUGGGAAAGGUGGUAUACCUAUCAAUACAGAAGACUAUAUGUGCCUAGCCCAAGACCAAUUCUUAAAUGACGUGAUAAUAGACUUCUAUUUAAAAUAUUUAGUUCAUGAUGUCCUAACACACAUACAGAGAGAAAAGACUCACAUAUUUAGUACUUUCUUUUACAAAAGACUAACAACAAAACCCAGUAAGGUUAACAAAAGUUCUAACCCCCACGAGUGGGACAACAGUCUGACGCCGGCGCAAAAGAGACACGCGCGAGUCAAGACGUGGACUAAAAACGUCAAUAUAUUUGAAAAAGACUUCAUAGUAGUUCCUAUUAAUGAGAAUUGUCAUUGGUUCGUCGCUAUAAUAUGUUUUCCCACUAUCGAGGGAUGCCGGAGUAUGAUAGACAACCGGACUGUUACGCCGCAGGAGAUUAGGAAAAGAGAACGGCGGUCGUCUAUGCAGAUAGGCAACACCACGAUUACGCCGCUGACCAAACAGGAGCAGCUUACAUUAAGUUGCGACUCGGACAAUCUCAGCGAGCGAGACGAGGCUGAAGCGGAGGAGAGUGACUUGGACAUGCAAUGCGAUUCCGACGAGGAGGAGGCCGAGGCGGCGGCGGCCGCGCCCGAGAAGAAGGUAGAGGCGCCGCCGCCGACCAAAACGGAACCUAUUAAGCAACCCUGUAUACUCAUCUUCGAUUCCCUCGCCGGAGCGUCCAGGUCAAGAGUGGUGGCUACUUUGCGAGAUUACUUGACCUGUGAAUAUCAAGCAAAGCUCUCGGCUACGAAAGUGUUCAACAAAGAUAACAUCAAAGGAAGCUGUCCCAAAAUCCCGCAACAGAACAAUUUCACCGAUUGCGGGCUCUAUCUGCUGCAAUACGUGGAACAGUUCUUCAAGGAUCCAGUUAAAGACUACGCGCUACCGAUCAAACAAUUGGCGAACUGGUUCGACGAGAUCGUAGUGACGCGGAAGCGAGAAGAGAUAUCCUUGUUGCUGAAGGCGCUCAUGAACCGCUACAACCCGGACUCGCAUUUAACGCUGCCCGACAUUGCGUUCCCGACUCUCAACGGCAAAUUGGUCGAAAAUGAAGAACACCAAGACGAAUCAGACGGAGACAAAGCGAAUUCCAGCACAAGCAAAAUCAUCAAAACGGAACUAAAAGAGGCGGAGGGCGGGACAAUGCUCACUUUCGUCAAACAAAUAUCGGGUGACAUCCUACUUAAACCCAACUUCUCGGACGCUGCUGACGCGUUGCUUCGCAAAACCAUCAGGAUCUCCGGCGACGCGGAGAACAGACUCCAACUCAAACCGGGAUUCAUUAAAAAGGGUGACAAUGAAAAUCAAAUUCUGAUCCCUAUCAAGCUCCACUCUAGUAGUGAAUUAGUUAAAGACAUUCAAAAUACGUUACUAGUUAAUAAGAAUAAUAAAAGUAUGGGUGAUAAAAAACAUGGUGUAAAUAAUCAAAAUGUAUCCAGUGUGCACUUCAGACAGACCGUGAGUGAAAGUGACGGCAAUUCAUUCCUAAAAACGCGGCGGAUCAACAAACUCGACGACGUCAACGAAUCCAGCAAAAAAUUCAAACGGAAUGAAUGCUAAUUGUUGCCUGUCCAUACCAUAUCUAUUAAAUUAUUAUUAAUUUAAUAAAGUGUAAAGUUGUUACAUGGACGUUGUAAAUAUUAGUUAAUAAUUAACAUGUAUUAAAUUUACUGUAUUUUAUAAUGUAAAGAUUUAAAAUUAACUUGUGUAAUUAUAUUAGUUUCCACAAAAUAUAAACCUGGAGGUUAAGUUA